AUGGGAUUGGCAGGAAAAGCAGGUUUGUCUGACGGUGUGUGUUUGCAGGCAAUCCUGUGUGACGUGAUUCUGGUGGUGCAGGGAAAGCACAUCCUGGCACACAGAGUGGUGCUGGCCGCCGCCAGCCACUUCUUCAACCUCAUGUUCACAUCGAGUAUGAUGGAGGCCACCAGUCACGAGGUGGAGCUUGGUGGAGCAGAACCGGAGAUCAUCGAGCUGCUGGUGGAGUUCGUCUACACGGCUCGAAUCUCAGUGAACAGUAAUAAUGUUCAGUCUCUGCUGAACGCCGCUAACCAGUACCAGAUUGAACCGGUCAAGAAAAUGUGUGUGGAUUUCCUGAAGGACCAGGUGGACCCCACCAACUGUCUGGGUGAGACACCA